ACAGCACUGCUUCCCGUGCUUUAAAUGAUUUAUGGUUACUAGGGGGCAUACCAAAGGAACCGCCCUAAACCACAUCACCACGUGCUUCAAUCUUGGAAAAUGGCAGAGAAGAGACCGUUGGAAGUAGAUGAUACUUGCCCUAGUGACUGUAGUGAGGAGGCGAGGGAGAGCAAAAGAGCCAAGAAUGAAAAGCGAUUUCCGUCUCCUAUCAAGAGUGAAGCUUUACAGAAAGCCACUGAAGGUGUGGUGCCUAAUAACACAAAGCAAAGCACAAGGUGGGCCUUAAAUACCUUCCUUACCUGGGCAAGAGAGCGCAACAAAAGAUGUCCUGAUGAAGAAAUAGACGAGACAAUUUUUUGCUGCCCAGAUGCUGAGCGUGUCUCACACGUACUAUGCCUUUUCACGCUUGAAGCCAGGAAGGUAGAUGGAGAAAGGUACCCACCUUCCAUUUUGAGGAACCUACUUAGUGGACUGAACCGAGAGUUUGUUAAGAAUAAAGUUACUUUUGGCAUUUUUGAUAAAAAUGAUCAUCGUUUUACAGAGCUUCGAAACACUCUAGAUUCUGUCAAUAGUCAGUUACACCGGGAUGGUAUUGGUGUUUCUACAAACCAUGCUGAAGUUUUGACUGUGCAAGAUGAAGACCUAUGUUGGGAAAAAGGAACACUUGGUGUUUCCUCUCUGACUGUUCUCCAACACACAGUAUUCUUCUACAUUGGUUUACAUUUUGUAUUGCGAAGUGUUCAGGAACAGUAUGACUUAAUGGUGAGCCAGCUGAAACGGGUACCUGAGGAUCUCACUGUAUAUGAUCGUAACAUCUACUAUCAGUAUUCUGAAUAUAUAUCAAAGAAUAAUGUCCACUUUUUUACUGAUGCUAAGAUGAAGAACAAAGUUGUUGCUGCAUAUGCUCAACCAGGUUCUAGUCGUUGCCUUGUUUCAUUGUUGGACAGAUACUUACCUUUGUUACCCUCUGGAACUGAACAUGUGUAUAUGCGUCCUGCGAAGGAAUUUUCAGCUGACUCACCUGCCUAUUAUCGACAAAGAGUAGGAAUUAACACUAUUAAGAAGUUUGUACACUUAAUUACUUCAGGGGCUGGCCUAGUUGGUUAUACUAACCAUUGUUUAAGGGCAACUGCUAUGACCCGUAUGUUCAAUAGUGGUGUGCCAGAAAAAGUUAUUGCUGAUAAAUCUGGCCACAGGUCGCUUGAUGGUUUACGAGCAUAUGAGCAUCCUAAUGAAGAGCUGUAUCGUGCUGCAGAGGAAAUAAUAUCUGAUCCUACUAAGAAGUUUGAUUGAGCAGAAGAGAAACCAGUGCAAAAACAAGAAGAAUCAAGUGCUACUCAUCAGAUUCCAGGAUUUACUGGACUCAAUAAUUGCACAAUUAAUUUCAACAUUUAUAAUAAGUGAACCAGUGUUUCUUUGAUGAUUGUACUAUUCAUUGUAUCAUUUACUCUAAAAAUUGAUUGUUUCAUUUAG